GCUAAACGACAAAAAUGGACGCCUAAAUUCAAUCAUUCAAUUGCGACUUAAUUAUUUUAUGUGCUUGUCAUAUUUUAUUUUAAGGAAGACUAUUUUAUAAUUAUUUUUAAAAAAUUGUGGAAUUUGCAAUUCAAUACUUGCAAUCAUUGGAAUAUUCUGAGUGGAGGAAAAAAUCAAAACUAAAUAUAAACAGAAGUAGGAGAAAUGAGAUAAGAGUAAUGCUGUAAUCUCGUAAUUCUCUCUUUUUCAUAGUUUUCUUUGGAAAAAAAUUGUUUUAACAUAAUAACAAUACUUGGCCGUUUACUAUAUAAUUCUGUAUCAGUGAUCUAAUAUAACGCGUAUUCAUCCGUUAAAUUUAAUGUUUAAUCAUAUUAGUGCUGGACGAAGGUCCUAAUUGAAAUGCGCGUUUUGUUUACGCACUCAUUCGAUUAUUUUACGUUUCUAAACUAACAAUAAUAUAUUUUUUAAUUCACAAGAAGAUUUAAUAACUAUUUAGAAAAAAGUCUAUUACAUAACAUGAUUAAGUUUAAUAGUAAAAACUCUGUCAAUUCUUCUAUCAAAUGUACUGUACGUCUAUUAGAAGAUACUCAGUUAUUGGAAUUAGAAUUUCAGGGAAAUGAUAAAUGCAGCUUUCUGAUAGACAGAGUUUGUGAACAGUUAAAUUUGAUUGAAAAGGAUUAUUUUGGUUUACGAUAUGUUGAUAACAAACGUCAAAGGCAUUGGCUUGAACCAUCUAAAUCAAUCAUUAAACAAAUACGAGAUGUUGAAGCCGAUAAUAUAUUAUUUAGUUUUAGGGUAAAAUUUUACCCACCUAAUCCUUUUCGACUUAAAGAAGACAUAACACGUUAUCAAAUAUAUCUACAAUUAAAAAGAGAUUUGUUACAUGGUCGACUUUAUUGUAAUGUUCCUGAAGCUGCCUUUUUAGGAGCUUGUAUAUUACAAGCUGAGUUAGGUGAUUAUAAUCCUGAUGAGCACAUAGAUAAUUAUGUGAAUGAAUUAAAGAUUCUAUUAAAACAAACUGUUCAAUUAGAAGAAAAAAUGAUGGACAUUCAUAAGAAUGAGUUGAAAGGAAAAACUGCAGCAGAAGUUGAAACAAUGUUUUUGAAAAAAGCUUGUGUUUUAGAUACUUAUGGCAUUGAUCCACAUGCUGUUAAAGACCAACGGGGCAAUCAACUAUACUUGGGCAUUAAUCACACUGGAAUUUUAACAUUUCAAGGUAGUAAAAAAAUUAAUCAUUUCAGUUGGCCACAAGUUCAAAAAAUAAAUUAUGAAGGCAAAAUGUUUAUAAUUCAUGUUAUACUUAAUGAGGAUCAAAGAAUAAAGAAAAAACAAACUAUAGGGUUUAAAUGUCCAAAAGGUUCUUCAUGUCGUCAUGUUUGGAAAUGUGCUAUGGAACAAAUGCUAUUUUUCACAUUUCCUUCAAGUUCAGAAGUUCCCAAUGUAGUAUCGGGUGGAGGAUUUUUUUCUUGGGGUACUAAAUUCAAGUAUAGUGGACGUGUUGAACGUGAAAUAUUAGAAGAUACAUCAAUCAUCCGCGAAUCUCCAUCAGUAACUCGUGUUGGUAGUUUACGACGUAAGGCAUCAAGUGAACCAUCUACACCUUUAGUUGGUAAUCAAACUUUGGGAUCCAACAGUCUUCCACGUUCUUUAUCUAAUUCUGGCGAGGAAUAUAACACAUCAAAAGAUUCAUUUUCUCAUAAUGAAAAUUCUCAUACUGUUUUGGAAACUUUAUUGGAAGAUCAAGAAUCGUGUACACCCAAAACCAAACAAGAUGCCAUUCAUGAAGAUACUAAGCAAAAUCAUUUUAUACUUGAAAAUCAAACUACGGUUACAGAUAGCUCCUCGCCAUCAUUUAAACAAGGGAUACUUAACCAUCAGCUCUCCGGUCAAAAACAUUUUGAAAACAAGCCAUUAAAAAAGAACGUAUCAUCAUCAAUGUCUUUCCUACGCCACUAUAUAUUGCCAAUCAUCUUGACAUUAUUUUUAAUACUUAUGAUUGUGAUUGUAGUAUUUGAAAGUAAUUUCGAUCUGCUGAUUACUGUCAGAAAAAUACCAGAAAUUGCAUUUUUUAAAAGUAAUUAUUAUGAUCCGGGCAAAGAAUUUUUAAUGGGGCGAUUUCUAAGAUCAAAACUUUUCUAGUUGUGGUCUAAGUAAAAAAGUUUAAGUUAAAUAAAUAGUUUAUACUAAAACAGUUUAUGAGGAAGUUGAAAUUGGGGAAAACAAUUUAUAUGGUUAGUUUAUAACGUACAUGUGUUUGUGUAUGUAUAAAAAUAAUAUUAAGUAUAUAAAUUUUAGUAAUAUAAGCACGAGUUAAUUUGGUUGCUGGUGAUGGUUUUUAUUAAGUGUUUUAAUUGAUUCAUAACAUGUCACUAUUUAAUCAAAUAUACAAAUAAGUCUGUGUAUUGAAAUUUUAAUGUUACUCAAAUGUUGAACAAAGAGAAUGGUUGGGUUACUUAUUUUCUAAUAAUUAAAUUUUAAUUAACAUCUCAAUGAAAAAGAGUUAUAAUUUUUAACAUUAAUUUUUUGAGACAAUAAAAAGUAAAAUUAAUGAUUUUAUGCUACCACAUUAUAUUUUCUGUACUCUUCACUUUAUCGUAUAUUUUCUGUGUAAAUAAUUGAAGAAUCUUUUACUUAUUUUGGUUCGAUAUUAAUUUUUCUCGUAAUUUUAUAUUCUUGAAAUGAUCGCUUUAGUAUUUUUUGAAUAAUAAUACAUAAAAUUAUUUAAAUGAUUUGAAAAUAAUCGUUAAAUAAAUUUAGUACAACAUUAAAUAUUAUACCUAUAACAAUUAUUGAAACGACGGUGCUUCAAGAAAUGUGGUUAGUUUUUUACUGAAUACUUAAACUUUCCAUAGUAUGUAAAUUAAUAUAUAAGUAUAUUUUUUAUUGUUUUACCAAUAUUUUUAGUAGUGAUGAAUUUUUCCUUAAUUUUAGGUUUUACAUAAUUAUAUUAUCUAUAAUAAAGUUACAUUUUAAACAUUAUUCAAAAUUUUAUAUAACUUUUUAAUUAUAAAAAUAGUCAGAAAAAACCAGAGUCCUUUAAAAUGAUUAACUGCAAUUUCUUGAUCAUAUUUACAAUUAAUAAUUAUACAGAUAAUAUUAAGAAUGAAUAAUAUUUAAUAAUUUAUAUUUUAUUUUAAAUAUACCCAUGAUAUUAUGUGUGUAUUUAAAUUUUUAUUUUUAUAAUUUUAAGUUGAAUUAAUGAAGUUGCUAGUCAUUUAAAUUUUUUUUAUAGUAUCUUUACAGAAUACACUAUAGGUUUUAGUAAUGUAUUAAUUAAUAAUAACUACCGAUCUAACUUAUGUCACUAACAUUUAAGAGUAGUAAAAAAUAACCACUUUACAUUAAGGCGGACUGUUUUGAUGUAGAUUCGUUUACAGUUUGUAUUCAUUAUUAUUUUAUAUUAUGUUAAGGAAUCUUAUAUUUAGAUUUUUAACGUUUCGGGUAAUGGCAAAUUUUUAAUUGGUGUUGGACAAAAAAUAAUUUUUUUAAGACAAUUCAAAUAUUUUUAUUAGUUGUUUUUCAUUUUUUCAACACACAUUUUUAUUUAUUCACAUCAAUUAUCCUACAUAUCACUUUUAUAAUUAGCCUGGCCUAUAUUUAUUUUAUUUAUCUACCUAGUUACCAUGCAUUCCAAAAUUAACUAUUUUUUAUGAUCUCCUUAACAAAAACUAUUUUAUAUAAUUUAAUAUUUCGGUUUAUUUGAAUUUUGAAAUAUAUUUAUUUAAUCUUUGCAAUACCAUUAUUAUUGACCAAUUACUCAGUAAUACUCAAUGUGACACUGUUCCAUUUAUGUACUUAAAUUUUUAGCAGCUUUAUUUAUAUAUUAUUAUAUAACAUGAAUACACUAUUCUUUAAUUAUCAUUUAUUAAGUGCUAUUUUAUUUUACAUUCAUUUAUUCGAUACAUUAUAGUUUUUAACAUAAAAGUUUAAACUUACAAUUAAUUAUAAAAAUUGUAUAAAAAACGCUUAGUUUUAACGUUUUAUUUUUAAUAUACAUUAUAAAAUUAAUUGUUUCAAAUAAAUUUGUUCAAUGACAAUCUAUUCAAAAAGGCGAAUGCUUACCAUGUAAAUUUUUGUGUUUUAUUAAUAGUUUGUACUUAUAAAAUAUCACCGUCCGUCAAAUUAUUUAUUAUGAAACGUUUGAAGUGUGAAUUUUUAUAUAAAUAUACAAUUAGUAUGAAAAAAAAAGUUCUGUUUUCAAUUUGAGUACUUAUUACAAUUAUGUUAUUUUCUCUCUUAAAUGUAACUGAAACAUUCCAUGUUAUUUUCAAAAACAGUGUUUGUAAUUUGUUCUAGUCUUUAAAAUGGAAAUAAAACUAAAUGUGUAUUAAUUUUUUUUUAAUUUUAUGCAAAAUAUGUAAGCUAUAUACAUUGCUAACAAUAAUGUUACAAUGUUUAUACCUGUAAUGUUCACGGUUUGUACUUUUUUUUAAUCUUAUUGAAAUAUAUGUUUUAAUAAUUUAACCAUGAGUGUUUAUAAAUGCAGCUUUUCCAUUAAAUAUUUAAAUUUUUUUUACUA